CCGGACACGCUGCUGGGCGACCCGGCCAAGCGCAUGCGGUACUUCGACCCGCUGCGCAACGAGUACUUCUUCGACCGCAACCGGCCCAGCUUCGACGGCAUCCUCUACUUCUACCAGUCGGGCGGCAAGCUGCGCCGGCCCGUCAAUGUCUCCAUCGACGUCUUCGCCGACGAGAUCCGCUUCUACCAGCUGGGCCAGGAGGCCAUGGAGCGCUUCCGCGAGGACGAGGGCUUCAUCCAGGAGGAGGAGAAGCCCCUGCCCUGCAACGAGUUCCAGCGCCAGGUCUGGCUCAUCUUCGAGUACCCCGAGAGCUCCAGCUCGGCGCGGGGCAUCGCCAUCGUCUCCGUGCUGGUCAUCCUCAUCUCCAUCAUCACCUUCUGCCUGGAAACCCUGCCCGAGUUCCGCGACGAGCGGGAGCUGCAGGUGCCCCUGCCCCCGGCCACCAACGGCACCCCGGGCCGCGAGCCCGCGCCCGCCGCGCAGCCCCCCAGCGGCCUCUCAGACCCCUUCUUCAUCGUCGAGACGACAUGCGUGAUCUGGUUCACCUUCGAGCUGCUGGUGCGCUUCUUCGCCUGCCCCAGCAAGCCCGAGUUCUCCAGGAACAUCAUGAACAUCAUCGACAUCGUGGCCAUUAUCCCCUACUUCAUCACGCUGGGCACUGAGCUGGCCCAAGAGCAGCCGCAGCCCGGGACUCCUGCCACCAGCAACGGCGGCCAGCAGCAAGCCAUGUCGCUGGCCAUCCUCCGUGUCAUCCGCCUGGUCCGGGUCUUCCGGAUCUUCAAGCUCUCCCGGCACUCCAAGGGGCUGCAGAUUCUGGGGCAGACGCUGAAAGCCAGCAUGAGGGAGCUGGGGCUCCUCAUCUUCUUCCUCUUCAUCGGAGUCAUCCUCUUCUCCAGCGCCGUGUACUUUGCUGAGGCCGAUGACCCCGACUCCCACUUCUCCAGCAUCCCCGAUGCGUUUUGGUGGGCAGUGGUGACCAUGACCACAGUGGGCUAUGGGGACAUGAGGCCCGUCACCGUCGGGGGCAAGAUUGUGGGCUCUUUGUGCGCCAUCGCUGGCGUGCUGACCAUAGCCCUGCCUGUGCCCGUCAUCGUGUCCAACUUCAACUACUUCUACCACCGGGAGACUGACCAAGAAGAACAGAGCAUCCUCAAAGACGAGGCCAGUGGUACCCAGGGCAGCUCGGCCGAGGGGGAGCUGAAAAGAUCCGGCAGUAAAGACUCUCUGAGCAAAUCUGUUGUGCACUUGGAAAACUGUGAAGGGAUCAACAAUGGCACCGGCUCCUUGGAGAAAGCCAAUAUCAAAGCUAAGAGCAACGUAGAUCUCAGAAAAUCGUUGUAUGCGCUCUGCCUGGACACCAGUAGGGAAACAGACCUGUGAGAAAAGGCACUGAGUCGGGGUUCAGAGAGACAGCAGGGUUUGCUGGUAUUGGAAACGUUAAUGAUGUUGUUGUUGUUGUUGGUGUUGUAAUUAUAAUUUUGGUACCGCUUAGUACAUUAAGUUUGACUAUAUUUUAUAAUUGACCACUGGUCUAAACAGACCUCCAAGAAUACAUGUUUUUAUGUUCUUUUUCCAUGACACAAAGGGUCACCUAUUUUUAAAAUAGACUAAGAAUAAGUUACUCUCCAUGAUGCAGGAGCUGGUAAAUUAUUACAGUGCAAAUGUAAUUGGUAGACACUUAUUUUAGCAAACAGUGACUUUAAAUGGGUCGCAUAACCAAUUCACUUGCUCAAAGUUUAGUAUUAAAGGGUUGGAAAGGUGUGCUUGUGUGUGGAGGGUGAAUGGAUUUUUCUUUUUGGUACUGUAGUUUCAAACUGAAAUUAUCUCGAUAUAUUUUGUAUCUGUAUAACUGUAUUUAUGGGUGAAAGGAGAUUAUUUUUUCAUGUGAAACAUGACUUCAUUAAAGCACUAGAAAUGUUAGCUAUGAUACACUAUCAGAUUUCUCCUUGUGAUCAGUUCAGAUCUGGUUAUCUAGUUUGUGAAGUGAAUUUGGUGCUUUUACCCCUACAACAGAAAACUUUGCUGUUGAUAAGAUGUUAGUUUCUUGUGAGCCUUAAUUUAUUAAAUAUUGUAGAUAUGUUUCUUUAU